GAGAUCAUGAACAUGCUUGUGUUAUCGAUGCUAAUUGUGCAAAUACACCCUGUAGUGCCUGUGACUUACUCGCUCAAGUAUUUCCACACUGCGUCCUCUCAAGUUACAAACUUCCCAGAUUAUGUGGGCGUGGCUUAUCUUGAUGACAUUGAGAUCGGUCACUAUGACAGCAACACAAAGAAAGCAGAAGCCAAACAAGAAUGGAUGAAGAACUUUACAACAGUGGAUCCAGAGCACUUUAAAUGGCAGACACAUUUAAAUAUUCACAAUGAAGUGAAGGACAAAGAGGACUUGGAAAGUUUACAGAAGCGCUUCAACCACACUGAAGGUCUUCACAUUUACCAGAGGAUGUACGGCUGUGAAUGGAAUGAUGAGACUGAUGAAAUCAACAGUUGGGAACAGUCCAGCUAUGAUGGAGAAGAUUUUUUAGCGCUAGACACCAAGACAUGGACAUGGAUUGCAGCAAAACCACAAGCCGUCCCCAUGAAACACAAGUUGGACCACGAUCGAAAUUAUAUCGAGUAUUUAAAGUCGUACUACACUGGGACCUGUGUUGAUAACUUGAAAAAGUAUGUGAACUUUGGUAAAGACGUACUGAUGAGAACAGAGCUUCCAGAAGUUUUUCUCCUUCAGAAGACGCCGUCCUCUCCAGUCAGCUGCUUCGCGACAGGUUUCUACCCCAGCAGUGCGGCCUUGUUUUGGAGGAAAGACGGCAAGGAUCUCCAGGAGAACGUGGUGCACGGAGAAAUGCUGCCCAACCCUGAUGGAACCUUCCAGAUGACCGUGGAUCUGAAAUUGGAGGUGACGGCCGAAGUGGAGAGCAAGUAUGAAUGUGUGUUUCAGCUGUCUGGUGUCAAAGAGGACCUGGUCACCAAGCUGGAGAGAAGAAGCAUCCUGAACAACGCAAGCGAUGAAGACAAUGUGUGGGUCACCGUUGGCGCCACGGUGGCGGCUGUUGCAGUGAUCCUCGCCAUCAUUGUUGUAGUCGCCGUGCGUCACAAGAACAAAAAAGGUGAGGGACACACUUCUUUUUUUGUGAGUUGGUGCUUUCCUCCAGGCUGCAAAGGUGCCGACAAACACUCCAAGAUCCUCAAAGAGAGAGCACACACUCUCACAUAGAAAGGUGAUGUGAAGACAAAAGUCCAAGUCAUCUUGUCUGUCUUUCAUUUCAGCCAACUAUGAUCCAGCUGGUAAGGCAAUCUUAUUCUCUUUUCUUUGAACCGCCAUAAACAAAGCAGGGGUGAAGCAUCACUCGUAUAAAAGUCUGAUGUGGACGUUUGUUACAAGU